GGAGCGGGAGCCGAAGCGGAGCCCGGGCCAGAGCCGGCGGAAUGGAGCCCCCGCGAGCGCCCGCGCUGCGCCGCCUGCUCCCGCCGUUGCUGCUCUUACUGCUGCCACUGCCCCCCCGCGCCCGGGCCAAGUAUGUGCGGGGCAACCUCAGCUCCAAGGAGGACUGGGUAUUCUUGACAAGAUUUUGUUUCCUCUCGGAUUAUGGUCGACUGGACUUCCGCUUCCGCUACCCUGAGGCCAAGUGCUGUCAGAACAUCCUCCUCUAUUUCGAUGAUCCAUCCCAGUGGCCAGCAGUGUACAAGGCAGGAGACAAGGACUGCCUGGCCAAGGAAUCAGUGAUCAGGCCGGAGAACAACCAGGUCAUCAAUCUCACCACCCAGUAUGCCUGGUCAGGCUGUCAGGUGGUGUCAGAAGAGGGAACCCGCUACCUGAGUUGCUCCAGUGGCCGAAGCUUCCGCUCUGUGCGUGAAAGGUGGUGGUACAUCGCACUCAGCAAGUGUGGGGGAGAUGGGCUGCAGCUGGAAUAUGAGAUGGUCCUCACCAAUGGCAAGUCAUUCUGGACAAGGCACUUCUCUGCUGAUGAGUUUGGGAUCUUGGAGACAGAUGUGACCUUCCUCCUCAUCUUCAUCCUCAUCUUCUUCAUCUCCUGUUACUUUGGAUAUUUGUUGAAAGGUCGUCAGUUGCUUCACACAACUUAUAAAAUGUUCAUGGCCGCAGCAGGAGUGGAGGUCCUAAGCCUCCUGUUUUUCUGCAUCUACUGGGGCCAGUAUGCUACUGAUGGCAUUGGCAAUGAGAGUGUGAAGAUCCUGGCCAAGCUGCUCUUCUCCUCCAGCUUCCUCAUCUUCCUGCUCAUGCUCAUCCUUCUGGGGAAGGGAUUCACGGUGACACGGGGCCGCAUCAGUCAUUCGGGCUCUGUGAAGUUGUCUGUGUACAUGACCCUGUACACCCUCACCCACGUGGUGCUGCUUAUCUACGAGGCUGAAUUCUUUGACCCAGGUCAGGUACUGUACACCUAUGAGUCUCCGGCGGGCUAUGGACUCAUCGGGCUGCAGGUGGCAGCCUACGUGUGGUUCUGCUAUGCUGUGCUCAUCUCCCUGCGACAUUUCCCUGAGAAGCAGCCCUUUUACGUGCCCUUCUUUGCUGCCUACACCCUCUGGUUCUUUGCAGUUCCCGUCAUGGCCCUAAUCGCCAAUUUUGGGAUCCCCAAGUGGGCCCGGGAGAAGAUUGUCAAUGGCAUCCAGUUGGGAAUCCACCUGUAUGCCCAUGGAGUCUUCCUGAUCAUGACUCGCCCAUCUGCGGCCAACAAGAACUUCCCGUACCACGUACGCACAUCGCAGAUCGCCUCCGCAGGGGCUCCGGGCACCGGAGGGAGCCAAUCCACAGACAAGGCCUUUCCGCAGCACGUCUAUGGGAAUGUGACCUUCAUUAGCGACUCGGUGCCCAACUUCACGGAGCUCUUCUCCAUCCCCCCGCCCACCUCCUCCGUAAGCCCUGCGGCCCCGGCGCCCGAGGAGCUGCUGGCGCCGCCCCUGGAGUACCUGACCCCUCUCCCAGCCCCGCCGCCGCCCCCGCCCCCAGUGUUGGGGCGCCUGAGCCCGCCCCCUGCCUUUCGCACGCCCCGCGCCCCAACGCCGCGCCGUCACCGUCCCCUGGCGCCCGCGCCUACCCUUCCGGACUGGGUCCUGGCGCUACUGCGCACGCCCCCUCAAACGCCACGCGCGGUGCCCCCACCGCCCGCCUUCCGAGGCUCUCCCCCAGCUCCCAGGCUGCAGCCGGAGUUUGUCCGGCGCACCCCAUCGCCUCCCCUUGAGUACCUGGCUCCGCUGCCCAGGCGUCCCGCUACCCACUCCUUCCCUGACGGACACGCCGGGAAGCAGGUGGAGGAGACAGCGGUAGCGGCGGCAGUGGCCCCGAGGGGCCGUGUGGUGACCACGGCCGAGCCGGGCGCAACCUCCCCGCCCCCUCCCGCUCGGUUCCCCAAGGCGGCCGACCCGGGCUGGGAUGGCCCGACGCCGCCUUACCAGCCGCUCGUGCCCCAGACGGCGGCGCCACACACCGGCUUCACCGAAUACUUCAGCAUGCACACGGCCGGGGGCUCCGUACCCCCGGUCUGAGCACCCCUGGUCGCCCCUGUCCCAUGGGCCACGCACCGGGCCCCGGCUGGGCUCCGGACCCCCAGCUCUGUCCCUUCCCCAGGGCUUGGCCAACCCUCCCAACUCUCCCCACCCCGCGUACCCAGGUUGGGUGCGCUGCGUCCCCCCCCCCCCUUCCCCUUUGUGCCAAACGGUCCCGCGGGAGCCGCUCUCCCCGUCCCCUCCCUCAGCCCCUGCCCCGAACGGCGCCGGAUUCUGGGCUCCCGCUGUUCCGUGAUCUUCGACCCCCCGAUCCCCUCCGAGACCUCUGACCCCGUCGGACUCCGGCACACCCACGACGACCGCCGGGACCCAGCUCGUGACUCCAGGAUUCUGCGACCCCGAGGACGGAUAUUGUGAAGCUGGUCUGACUCAAACCCUCCCUCGGACCUGUGACUUCGGACCCGUGCUCUCUGCCCCUAUCAGCAUCCGGGGGCCUUCCCUCGGUCCCUUGCACAAAGACUCCCCCGCCCCUUGCCAAAAUAAAAGAGGAUUCGUUUUUA